AUGCCGCGGGAAUUCGCCGCCUCCGCGCCCGUCGGGAGCUCCGGGGCGGCGGCGGGGCUCGACCGGUGGCGGCGGAGCCUGGGCAGGCUGGAAGACCUGAAAAAUGAGCUGGAGAAGAGGCAGGCGAAGAAAAACCCGGAGGUUUCCCACCGGGACACCCCGGCACGGGGGCAGGAAGAGAAGAAUCAGCAGCCGGACGUGAAAAGCUCCGCCAGCAGGUGUGGGAAGGUGACUUUCCAGCUGCCCCUGGAUGCGGGGUCGGGGCCGGAAGAGCGAGUUUGUCACUUCUCGUGGAGGAGCAGUGCCCUGAAGGAAACCCUGAGGAAACUCCAAGCCAGCGUGACCCUGGACCCCGACACGGCGCACCCCGACCUCGUGCUGUCCGAGGACGGCAAGAGCGUGUGGCGCGGCGCCGGGCGCCGCCAGCUCCCAGACAUCCCGCAGCGCUUCGACUACUGGCCCUUCGUGCUGGGCCACCAGGGCUUCGCGUCCGGGCGGCACUGCUGGGACGUGGAGGUGGGCGACGGCGGCGACUGGGCCGUGGGGGUGGCCCGGGAGUCCGUGCGGAGGAAGGGGCGGCUCAGCCUCGGCCCCCAGGGCGGCAUCUGGGGCCUGGAGAAGUGGGGGGGACAGGUGCGGGCGCUGACGGCCCGCAAGGUGACCCCGGUGGCCCUGCGCUGGCUGCCCCGCAGGGUCAGCGUGCACCUGGACUGCGCCGCGGGCACCGUGGCCUUCUUCGACGCCGAGGACGGGGGGCUCCUCUUCGUCUUUUCCCGCCUGGCCUUCGCCGGGGAGAGGCUCCGGCCCUGGCUCUGGGUGGUGGGCGCCAGGUCCCGGCUCCGGCUGUGUCCCUGAGGGAAGAGCGGCCCCCGCUUCUCACAGCCUCGGGGGGAGACCAGAGCUGGUUCGUGUUUCCUUCUCCGCCGGGAGAGGGGGGAAGA